UGAAAGAUUUACUAAUUUCAAACAUUCCCACAUUAAUAAAAUGAAAAUUUUCUGAGUCAAUAUAGUGAACCGAUUACCAAAUCAUCAUCGCAAUUAAUCCAUCCCUCUUCAAAAUUUUAUUAUAGGAGCUCAGCUCACUUCAGUUCUUGGGAAAAUGAUCCGGUUCAUACUAUUGCAGAACAGGCAAGGGAAAACUCGAUUAGCCAAAUACUACAUUCCUCUCGAGGAAUCCGAGAAGCACAAGGUUGAGUACGAGGUUCAUCGUUUGGUUGUGAAUAGGGAUCCCAAAUUCACCAAUUUUGUAGAGUUCCGAACUCACAAGGUCAUCUACAGGCGGUAUGCUGGUUUAUUUUUCUCAUUGUGUGUAGACAUUACGGACAACGAGUUGGCUUAUUUGGAAAGCAUUCACUUAUUUGUGGAGAUACUGGAUCACUUUUUCAGCAAUGUGUGUGAGCUAGAUCUCGUAUUUAAUUUCCACAAGGUGUAUCUCAUACUAGAUGAGUUCAUACUUGCCGGGGAACUGCAAGAAACAAGCAAGAAGGCAAUCAUCGAGAGAAUGGGAGAAUUGGAAAAGCUGGAUUAGAGAUUGCUAGGAAGAGCACAAACGAGGCUACAGAAUACCAACAUUCAGCUAAAACAUACUCUUGCAUCUCUCUUACACCGUGCAUGCUUGCAGCAUUUUGACUUCUUGUUUGUAAAGGUCCUAAAAAUUCUCUUUGUUUGGUGAAUUUUAUUUGGAUGCUUUUUGAUUCAGCUUGUACUAAAUGUAAAAGGAUGUAGUCUGCACAGGGUUGAAUUAUUCAUAAUUGGUGAUAAAAUAUUAAAUUUUCUUCCGAGAGACGAUGUGAUUCA